CCGGCCAUCUCGGAAAUGGCGGCUCCGCUAGGAGGUAUGUUCUCCGGGCAGCCACCCGGUGCCCCGCCCCCGCCGCCGGGCCUCCCGGGCCAGGCCUCGCUUCUUCAGGCCGCGCCAGGCGCUCCCAGAUCUUCUCCGAGUACCUUGGUGGAUGAGUUGGAGUCAUCUUUCGAGGCUUGCUUUGCUUCUCUGGUGAGUCAGGACUAUGUCAAUGGCACGGAUCAGGAGGAAAUCCGAACUGGUGUUGAUCAGUGUAUCCAGAAAUUUCUGGAUAUUGCAAGACAAACAGAAUGUUUUUUUCUACAAAAAAGAUUGCAGUUAUCUGUCCAGAAGCCAGAGCAGGUUAUCAAAGAGGAUGUCUCGGAACUGCGGAACGAGCUGCAGCGGAAGGACGCGCUGGUCCAGAAGCACCUGACCAAGCUGCGGCAUUGGCAGCAGGUGCUGGAGGACAUCAACGGGCAGCACAAGAAGCCCGCCGACAUCCCGCAGGGCUCCCUGGCCUACCUCGAGCAGGCGUCUGCCAACAUCCCCGCGCCGAUGAAGCAGAACUGAGGAAAAGCCGCAGGAAAGGGGCGCUUCUCGGUGGCAUGACGUUUUGGAAGAACUCUGCCAGAGAACGAGACGAUCUCAGUUGCAUGCUCCCACCUAAAAUGUUCCCGUUUUUUAUAAGCUCUUACUUUAUUACUUUAUAAAAUGUGCAUAGCUUCGGUAAACCAAGUAAAUAUUCGUGUCUUUAACAAAAUGUAGACUAUUAGUGUGAUGCCACUAACAUUCCUUUCUAUGUUUCUUUUUUCUGCUUGUUUUAUUUUUUAAAUGUUUGUGUUACUUUUAAUCUGUUUGUGUUUUCAGUUUUAGAUUAGUUUGUAUCAUGAGGGAAAAACUGGUCUGAUCUGUGAAUCAGAGGAUGAGGAUUUUUGUUGCAGGCCUUUUAUCUUAAUUAACCCCCAGUGGCAGUAGGUACAAAUGUGUAAAUUAGCCACGUUUCCAGACUGUGAACUACCUCAAGAAGAGGAAUCUAAUACAGCAAUGUUUGUAACGCGUCCAGAGCUCUCAGAAUGAGAUCUUCCGUAAAUACUCGGAAGGGGAUUGUCAUAGCCUAGGUUAAUGCGGUGAUAUUACAGUAGGAUCCUUAAGUUGAUGUUGACUUUUAUUUGUGGUAAGUUUAUAUUUUGUGUGAUGCCUGCUUGCUUUUUGGGCUUGGGAGGCUGCAGGAGGAGCAGUGAUGUGUAAAUUUUGUCACAUUGUGCAGUGAAGCAUCAGUCUGAAUAGCAGACCCCCUGGGGCAGAGGUGAAGUGUGAGGGUUAGUCUCUUUGUUUUGAGUUUUGUUUGCUUGUGUUGUUUGUGUCUUGCUUUUGUGGAGCAGAAAUUUCCCAUGAGGAAGGUUCUUGCUGAUGGGUGGUGGUGAUUCCAGGGGACAGGGCCUCAGGGUGGGGAGCGGCCUGCAGGGUGACCCCUGGUGACUUCCUCUCCACAGAGAGCAUGUGCAGCCUCAGCAUUUGGGAAGGUGCUUUACCCGCUCGGUGGUCACACAGGCCAACAC